UUUUCUUUUUUUUUAAACCCUUACCUUCCAUCUUGGAGUCAAUAUUGUGUAUUGGCUCUAAGGCAGAAGAGUGGUAAGGGCUAGGCAAUGGGGGUUAAGUGACUUGCCCAGGGUCACACAGCUGGGAAGUGUCUGAGGUCAAAUUUGAACCUAGGACCUCCCGUCUCUAGGCCUGGCUCUCAAUCCACUGAGCCACCCAGCUGCCCCCUAGGAGCUCACAUUCUAAUGGGAGGAGAUGCUGGGUGUAGAAAGGGCUCCGUUGUAGGAAAGAUGAAAGGUUCAGUGGUGAUUAGAAUGCAGCACUAAGACAAAUGUUUUAAUGAAUAUCUUCUCUGAUAAUAGCUUAAUUUAUAAUGCUGAGGUAUUGGGUCUUUUUUAAAAAUUUUAAACCCUUACCAUCUAUCUUAGUAUCAAUUCUAAGACAGAAGAGCAGCAAGGGCUAGUAAAUCAGGGUUAGGUGAUUUGCCCAGGGUCACACAGCUAGGAAGUAUCUGAAACCACAUUUGAACCUGGUCCUCCAGACUCCAGGCCUGGUGGUCUAUCCAUUGUUUUACCUACCUGCCCCUGAGGCUUUGUGUUUUAAAAGAACUCAAGUAAUUCUCCCACCACUCUGCCUCCUGAGUCAAUGUUCCCUGGGGUGAGACUAUCAAGCCUAAACACAUUUCCUCCUUUUUGUUGUUCUAUAGAAUAUUAAAAACCUCUCAUGUUCAAAACCUUCAGUUUUCCUACAUGAGCACCCAAUACUGAUCACACCAACUUUCAUCUCACGAUCUCAUUUUAAACUUUACUAUAACUUCCCUUCCCAGGGUUGAUAAUGCAAAUAUGAUUUUGAUGUGGGGUAUAGGCUUCCCCUAAACACCCUAACACCCCAGAUUGUGUAACAUUCCUGUAGUGUUAGGGAAGAUGACUUUGAGUCUCUCUGGCCUCUCCCUUCAAUUUUGAUGAGCACAUCCCAGCUUGCUCCUGAAAAACAUCUACUUAUAUUCCAGAUGUCUGAUUAUCCUCUAAACUGGAGAGUUCACCCCUUUUGACUUUGAGGCAUAAGGCAUAACCACAUGACUCAGAGACCCAGUAACAUGCCAUCAUCAUCCUUUCUCUAGUCCCCUAGACCCUGUUGUCAAAAGGGUAUAUAAAGCCCAGAACACAUCUCCUCUAGGAGGCAGUGUUCCACCUGAACACUGUUUCCAUAGCCUCUCAACAUGAAUUCCAAAUUAAUACAUUUCUCCUUUUAUUUUUAAGCUCAGUUUUGGAAUCUUACAUCAUUGCAAAGGAUAACCUGUCAUAAACCAUGGGUUUUUGCCGUAAAGCUCUCUUGCAACAAUUUGAUAGAGCAUAUUUUCCACACAGUUGCCAAAUGGAUAUUCCUAAAUCAGAGAUCUAAACAUAACAAUCUUGAGUUUCUUAAUAAUCACUUGAAGUAGAAGGAAUAAAAAGGAAAUAGAAGUAAAAAAACCCUAAUUAUUUAACAAAAUGAAGACCAUGUGACUAAGCUCUCCUUGACUGUUAAAAAACCUGCUCCACCAAAGCCAAGACAGGAAGACAAGAGAGUGAGAAGCGGGGCUAUAGCCUCCCUAUGUCAGCACAUAACAUUGGGAGAGUGGGAUGCUGGGAAUUGUAGUUUUUAAGGUAACAGAUUCUAAUUACAUUAACCCCCUGUAAUCCUUUGGGAGACUCUUUGUGAUCCAGUAGACCAUAGCAUGUUAAGAUGGUCCAUAAGUUUUUCUUAUUGUGGUCUCUUUUAAUGUUUUAUCUAGGUGUCCCAAGCUGCCACUACCAGUGGGAGCAAUCUAGCUUUUCUGAUGCAUGAAGAUGAUGAAAACAAACAAAUGAGGAGAUUCCACAAAUAUGAAGCAUCUAUUAUGGCCAAGGUAUUGCAUGUGCUAAAAGGAGAUGAAAGUCCCUGCCCUGGACAGCUUACAUUCUACUGAGAGAAUACAACAUGCACAUAGAUAAGUGUUGCAGCCUGUGCAACAUAUAAGUACUUGGAUUUUUAACCUGUGAGGGAAGCUCUUGAACACAAAAUAUGGAAAGGAGAGAGAGAGAAAAGUGAAAGGCAUGAGAAAAUACACAAAGACAGACUUUGGAAGAAGCCUGGAAGCCUCUCUGAUCUGAGGGUUCUCAGAAGCAUCAUUUAUUUGCAAAUCAACCAAUUAGCUUAGCGAACAGGCAUUAAAAUGUCCAUGUACAGUUACAAGUUCCGUUUCCACAAAGAUAAAUCAAAACUGUGUUUCUACCUAAAUUCCAUGAUUCUAAAAAUGUGUUAAAAUAGACAUAUGCGUUUCCUGGAAAGUAUGAUGUAGCAUGGUUCUCACUCAGCAUCCUCGGCAAUGUAUCUAAUCUAUAGUGUCCCUUUCCUGCCUUGAUGGAUGUACUUUAACUGUCCCAAGACCAUUGUCAUCAGGAUCAGUUUUGUCCAUAUUCAUAAUCAUCAGGAUUUGUCAGUUCUGAUCUCUUCAAUAAGCAAAACAUAGGGGAAGAGGUAAAUGGGGCAAAGAAGGGAGUUCCAGGAAAAUUUGAGAAGGGCAAAAGCACAAGCAUAUGGGGGAAGUUAUAUGAAUGAGCUAGCAAUUUCUCUUUUGUUGAGGACAAAUAAAAAGAAAAAAGUAGGCAUUUUCUGAAAAGGAAAAAGUAUUAAGUGCCUGCUUUGUGUCAGACACUGUUAAACACUUUAUAAAUAUUAUCUCAUUUGAUUCUCACAAUGUUGGGAAGUAGAUGCAAUGGUUAUCCCCCCCCCCCCACCCCCGUUUUACAGAUUAAGAAACUGAGGAAAACAGAGGUUAAGUGACCUGUUAAUGGCCAUACAGGUUUUGGACACAAAUCAGACACUGAGUGCAAGGAAGUGACAUAGUCUUGGGUGGGGAAAGGGUUAGCCUUUCAGCAUGUUUAAGUAGGGGAUCUUGAAAUGGUCAAGGGAUAGAAGGGCACUGAGAGGUUUUAACUGCUAGAGAGUAUCUUGUAAAGAUAGAAAAGUUGUGAUAUGUGAGGGGCAGCUAGAUGGCUUGGUGGGUGGAGUGCCAAGACUGGAGUCAGGAGAACCUGGGUUCAAAUCUGGAUUCAGAUACUAAUUUAACCUCCAUUUCCUUGUUCUUACUGUUCUUCUGUCUUGGAACCACAUAGAUUCCAAGACAGAAGGCAGGGUUUUUAAAAAAUAAAAGUUAUUAUGUGUGAAGAGAUGUAUAGAUGUUUUGUCCUUAUGAUGGACAAAUUACUGAAGCUGAAGCUGAAAUACUUUGGCCACAUAAUGAGAAGAUGGAAUGCAUGGAAAAGUCCCUGAUGUUGGAAAAGACUGAAGGCAAAAGAUGGAUGGAUGGUGUCAUGGAAACAAUGAACAUGAGCUUAAAUGGACUUCAGGAAAUAGGAGAGGAGAGAAGAGGUUGGUAUGUCAUGGCUCUCAGGGUCAGGGAGAAUCUGAGUAGACUUGAAGCAGACAAAGAUCUAUAGUCCUAGGGAAAAGGAAUUAGGAAGCCUUAAAAGGCUUGAGUUUAAUAUAGCCUAUGGUAGGUAACUCCCCAAUAGAAUGUACCCCAAUCUGCAUUAAUGGCUAAUGGCACAUCUGCUUCUGCUCCCAAUAAAGAAAUGUAUUUAAGAAAAUGUUUGAGACCACCCGUCUUCUGCCUAUGUGAACUCCCAAAAAGCUGCAUGCAACUUCAGUUUGGGAUGCUUCUCACUAGGAGAACACCCUGGCCAGUAAUAAAUAAAUAAUUAAAUCAAGAUUCCAAUAAUUUUAACUUCUGGGUGUCUGGACGUUGUUGCUUGAGGUGCCCCACUUCAGACUGAACAACAAUCACCAUUUUAUUAUAAUGGCAUACAAAAUACCACUUCAUCCCAACGUUCAAGCUCAUUCUUACUCUUGGAUCUACUACAAGUACAUAAUUGAGGAUUAUUGAUAGGGGGUGGGGGUGCCAUUAUCGUCUCUAUUGUAUAGAAGGGGGAAAAAGAUUGCUAAGGGAGUCACCCAGAGUCAGUGUCUGCAGAGGUAUUUGAACUCGAGGUUUUUGGACUUGGAGUUGAGCGCUCUAUCCUAGGUCAUGUUAUUUAGGAACCAGGAGGAUGGUCGGUAAUACGGGUUCAAUUUUUUGGUUCCCAAAUAACGUGACUCACACGCUCUCCCAGCGAACCAGGAUUAGGAAGCAAGGUUUUCUGCGGAAAACUGGCAUCCCUGCAGCCCUCCUAACUUCCGGUCACGACAAAUGAUAGGGAGUGGGUGGAGGGGCGCAGAAUCUCUCCAGGGACUAGGUAUCCAGCUUUGGGCCAAGAUCUAGGAGGCGGACCCUAGGGGGAGUACGUCACCGAGCAGCAGCUUCUUUUCGGCUUGUGAUUGGAUUCUUCUGGAUGCGUCCUCCCCGCCUCUCGUCGCUGGAGCUGAAUGCUGAUUGAACCCCCCGACAGAGGCCUUGACGAAGGCGGGAAAGAGGCGGGCCGGCGCGGGUUCAGGAGGGGUCGCCGGCAGCCGCUGGCGGGAGAUUCCAACAUGGCGGUGCAGCCGAAAGAGGUGUUGGCCAUGGACAGCCAGGCCGAAUGCAGCUUUGUCCGCUUCUUCCAGGCCUUGCCGGCAAAGCCGCUUACCACUGUGCGCCUCUUCGACCGGGGCGAUUACUAUACCGCGCACGGCGAGGAUGCGCUGCUGGCCGCUCGGGAGGUGUUUAAGACCCAGGCAGUCAUCAAAUAUAUCGGGUUGACAGGUUCUAAAAAACUGGAAAGUGUUGUGCUUAGUAAAAUGAAUUUUGAAUCUUUUUCAAAAGACCUCCUCUUGGUUCGUCAGUAUAGAGUUGAAGUUUAUAAGAAUAAAGCUGGGAAUAAGGCCACCAAGGAGAAUGACUGGCAUGUGGCAUUCAAGGCUUCACCAGGUAACCUUUCCCAAUUCGAAGAAAUUCUCUUUGGCAACAAUGACAUGUCAUGUUCCAUUGGUGGUGUUGGUGUUAAGCUGUCCAUUGUUGAUGGCCAAAGAUUAGUUGGAGUUGGGUAUGUUGACUCCAUACAGAGGAAGCUGGGACUGUGUGAGUUUCCAGAUAAUGAUCAGUUCUCCAAUCUGGAAGCACUGCUGAUUCAAAUUGGCCCAAAGGAAUGUGUCCUACCAGGAGGUGAAACUGCUGGGGACAUGGGAAAACUGAGACAGGUUAUUGAGAGAGGAGGAAUUCUGAUCACAGAGAGGAAGAAAGUUGAUUUUGCUGCAAAAGAUAUUGUUCAGGACCUUAACCGUUUGUUGAAAAGCAAAAAGGGAGAUCAAGUGAAUAGUGCUGUAUUGCCGGAGAUGGAGAAUCAGGUUGCAAUUUCAUCAUUAUCGGCUGUGAUUAAGUAUUUAGAACUUUUAUCAGAUGAUUCAAACUUUGGACAAUUUGAACUGACCACCUUUGACCUCAGCCAGUAUAUGAAGUUGGAUAAUGCAGCUGUCAGAGCUCUUAAUCUUUUUCAGGGCUCUGCUGAAGACAAAAGUGGUACUCAGUCUCUUGCUGCAUUGCUGAAUAAGUGCAAAACACCUCAAGGCCAAAGACUGCUUAAUCAAUGGAUUAAACAGCCACUACUGGAUAAGAACAGGAUAGAGGAAAGGUUAAACCUAGUUGAGGCAUUUGUAGUAGAUGCAGAGCUGAGGCAGAGUUUGCAAGAAGACUUACUUCGUCGUUUCCCAGAUCUUCACCGAUUUGCAAAAAAAUUUCAAAGACAUGCAGCUAACCUACAGGAUUGUUACCGAAUGUAUCAAGCCAUAAACCAGCUCCCUAAUGUUAUACAAGCACUUGAAAAACAUGAAGGAAAACACCAGAUGUUGUUAUUGGCAAUCUUCGUAACUCCUCUGACUGAUCUUCAUUCUGAUUUCUCCAAAUUUCAGGAAAUGAUAGAAACAACCUUAGAUAUGAAUCAGGUGGAAAACCAUGAAUUUCUUGUGAAGGCAUCCUUUGAUCCUCACUUGACACAGCUAAGGGAAUCAAUUGAUAAUCUAGAAAAGAAGAUGCAGUCAUCGUUAACAAGUGCAGCAAGAGAGCUAGGCAUAGAAGCUGGUAAACACAUUAAACUGGACUCUAAUGCACAACUAGGAUAUUAUUUCCGAGUGACCUGCAAGGAAGAAAAAGUCCUUCGUAGCAAUAAAAACUUUAACACGUUAGAUGUCCAGAAGAAUGGUGUUAAGUUUACCAACAGUAAAUUGGCUGCUUUCAAUGAUGAGUACCUCAAAAUUAGAGAUGAGUAUGAGGAAGCCCAGGAUGCCAUUGUUAAAGAAAUCAUCAACAUUUCUUCUGGCUAUGUAGAACCAAUGCAGACACUGAAUGAUGUAUUAGCUCAACUGGAUGCUGUUGUCAGUUUUGCUAAUGUAGCAAAUGGAGCACCUAUUCCAUAUGUACGUCCAGUCAUUUUGGAAAAGGGACAAGGAAGAAUCAUUUUGAAAGGUUCCAGACAUGCUUGUGUUGAAGUUCAAGAUGAAGUUGCAUUUAUUCCCAAUGACAUUAACUUUGAGAAAAAUAAGCAGACGUUCCACAUUAUUACUGGCCCCAAUAUGGGAGGUAAAUCAACAUAUAUCCGUCAAACUGGAGUAAUAGUUCUGAUGGCUCAGAUUGGCUGUUUUGUACCAUGCGAGUCAGCAGAAGUGUCCAUUGUGGAUUGUAUCUUGGCUCGAGUGGGAGCAGGUGAUUGUCAGAUGAAAGGUGUAUCUACAUUCAUGGCAGAAAUGCUGGAGACGGCUUCCAUUCUCAGGUCUGCAACCAAAGAUUCCCUCAUAAUCAUUGAUGAGUUGGGAAGAGGGACUUCUACCUAUGAUGGAUUUGGGUUAGCCUGGGCUAUUUCAGAAUACAUUGCCACUAAGAUUGGUGCUUUCUGUAUGUUUGCAACUCAUUUUCAUGAACUGACCGCAUUGGCUGACCAAUUGCCAACAGUGAAUAAUCUACAUGUUUCAGCAUUAACUACUGAUGAGGCAUUAACUAUGUUAUAUCAAGUAAAGAAAGGUGUCUGUGAUCAGAGUUUUGGGAUUCAUGUUGCAGAACUCGCUAAUUUUCCUAAGCAUGUAAUAGAAAAUGCCAAACAAAAGGCCCUGGAAUUAGAGGAAUUCCAGCAUUUUGGAAAACCUCAAGAAUCUGAUGAAAUGGAACCAGCAACCAAGAGGUGCUACCACGAAAGAGAGCAAGGUGAAAAAAUAAUUCAGACAUUUCUGGCCAAAGUAAAGGAAUUGCCCUUUGCAGAAAUGUCUGAGGACGGCAUCAGAACCAAAUUAAAACAACUGAAAGCUGAAGUAAUAUCACAAAAUAACAGUUUUGUGAAUGAAAUAAUUUCACGGAUAAAAGUUACUCCAUGAAAAAUUCCACAAUGGAAUGAACAAGUUGUGUAGAUUUUUUUUUUUUAAUUGUAGAAAGUCCCCACUGUCUAUGUGAAAACUUUUGUAAUGUUUUAUACGUUUCCUUUGGUGUUUAGAGAUUGCACAUAGAUUAUUAAAUAAAAUGGAAGUAUUAUGUUUCUUUAAA